AUGGUGCGCAAGUUCACUCCCUGCGCUCUGCUGGCCGCGGCCUUGGGCACAGCCCAUGCGGCCCUCCUCACCUUCACGGCCGGGGAGAGCGACUUCAAGCUGGCAGCCACGGGCCUCGCCCCCGUGAUCCAAGUCGCGAGCAACGACUGGCCCGCCGUGAAGCGUGUAGCCCAGGACCUGGCCGCCGACUUUGGUCGCGUCGUGGGCACCAACGGAACCGUUUCCGACUCGGACUCAUCCUCCGACGGCCGUCCCGUCGUCAUCGUCGGCACCAUUGGUAACUCGACCCUCAUCGACGGCCUGGUGUCGGCCAACAAGAUCGACGUGUCGGCCACGGCGGGCAAGUGGGAGUCGUACGUCUCCCAGCUGGUCAAGGAGCCUGUCGAGGGCGUGCCGUGGGCUCUAGUCAUUGCUGGGAGCGAUCGCCGCGGCGCCGUGUAUGGCAUAUACGAUGUCUCCGAGGCCAUGGGCGUGUCGCCGUUGUACUGGUGGGCUGAUGUCCCGGUCAAGACCAAGCCCGAUGGCGUGUGGGUGACGGAGGAGAAGAAGGUUCAGGGGCCCCCAUCUGUCAAGUACCGCGGCUUCUUCAUCAACGAUGAGGCGCCUGCUUUGCAAAGCUGGAUCAACCGCAACACAGGCGGGUUCAAUUCCCAGUUCUACCGGCUUGUGUUUGAACUUUGCUUGAGACUCAAGGGAAAUUACAUCUGGCCGGCCAUGUGGGGUCGCAUGUUCUACGUCGAGGAUCCAAAGAACGGACCUCUCGCAGAAGAGUUUGGCGUGGUGAUGGGCACAAGUCACCACGAACCGAUGUCCAGGUCCGAAGAAGAGCAAAAGCGGUACAACCAAGGCAACUGGGACUGGAGCAGCAACCGUAAUUCCGUCACAAACUUCUUCAAGGAUGGCAUCAGUCGAGCCAGGAACUGGGAGACCAUGUGGACGAUGGGUAUGCGUGGUAGCGGUGACGAAGCCUCGCCUACCUUGAACCCCCAGUCGCUGGAACAAAUCAUCCAGGUCCAGCAGCAGCUCCUGUCCGAGGCUUAUGGCACUACCGACAUGGCGACCAUCCCGCAAACAUGGGUAUUGUACAAGGAGGUUCUUGGAUACUAUACCGCCGGCAUGAAGGUCCCAGACACCGUGACAUUGCUGUGGACGGAUGACAACUCGGGCAAUAUCCUGCGCGUGCCGACUGCCGCCGAGAGAGAUCGUGUCGCCGGUGCCGGUGUUUACUACCAUUUUGAUUAUGUCGGUUCGCCUCGAAACUACAAGUGGAUCAACUCGAUCCAGUUGGUCAAGACCUGGGAGCAGAUGCAGCUUGCGUACGAGAAGAAUGCUCGACAGAUUUGGAUCGUCAAUGUCGGCGACAUCAAGCCCUUGGAAAUACCGCUGCUUCACUUCAUGGACAUGGCCUACAACAUGGACGCCCACAAGACCCCCGACAGUACGACGGCAUGGCUCAAGAGAUGGGCGUCCCGGGAGUUUGGCGACGCAGUGGCCGACGUGACCGCCGAGAUAAUGAACGAGUACGGUAUCCUUCUGAUGCGUCGCAAGUACGAGCUCCUCAGCGAACAGCCAUUCGCUUUCAGCACAGCCAACUAUGACGAGGCUGAGCGUCACUUGGCUCAGUGGGAAGACCUUUUGACCAAGGCGCAAGCUGCAUAUGAGGGACUUGACAGCAAGACGCAAGUCUCCUAUUUCCAAAUGGUCUACCACCCAGUGCUGGCCGGCAAGACUGUUGUCGAUCUGUACAUCAAGGUGGCUCUGAACGACUGGCGAUCUCGCCAAGGACGCCUCAGUGCCAACACUCUCGCGGCACAGGCUCGAGCUUUGUUCGCGAGGGAUGAAGAGAUCACGCAGAUGUAUCACUCCCUCAACGGCGGCAAGUGGAAUGGCUUCGUGAACCAGCCUCAUAUCGGAUACGACAACUGGCAAGACCCGAACAGCAACAUUAUGCCCAGCGUCAAGAACGUGACCGCUGGGCAAGGGCAGACUGCUUUGGGGGUUGCCAUCCAAGGGUCAUCAACCUCGUUCUAUGACGGUGCACAAGCGACGCUGCUGGCGAUGGACCCAUUCAUGUCCCCGACCGAGCAGAGAUACAUUGACGUCUUUGCCCGGAAGGACGGCAACAGUAACUAUACGAUAGUAUCCAACGCCACAUACGUAACAGUCAGCAACGGCGUGGGCUCGAUCACGUCGCCAGGAGACAGCUCGGAAAUUCGCAGCAUCCUUAGCGUCGAUUGGGAAGCGGCUCCUGCUGGAACGUCGUACGUCAGUCUGAGGGUAAGGAGCGAUUGCAAAUUGGUGGCCACCGUACUUGUGCCCAUCACCAAGACCGAGGUGCCUGCGACCUUCCGCGGACAUGUUGAGUCUGGCGGGGUCGUAUCAAUGGAGGCUGCACACUUUUCUUCUGCGGAAGAGAAGAAUGGUGUUUCAUACAUCGAGAUACCGCAUUAUGGCAGGACACUCUCGGGCAUCAAGCUUUGGCCGGUGACGGUGGAGACGCAAACCGCAGAAUCCGGCCCUGCCCUGAAGUACUCGGUGUAUACGACCACAUCGUCAAGCCAAGCGCGUCUCGUUGUGAUGCUUGGUGCAGCGCUCAACCAUGACCCCACGCGACUGCUACGGCUUGCAUGGUCCAUGGACGGAGGAGCGCCGGCGGUGGUGCAACCCGUGUCGACACAACCGCCUUAUCAGGAGGGAAGGGAAUGGCGUACAGCUGUGGUGGGUGGUGGCUGGAACGCCAACAUCCAAAUAAACGGAACUGUAGCUGCCGGUGCUCACACCAUUUCGCUGUGGCUGAUGGAGCCGGGUGUUGUGGUGCAGAAGGUGGUGCUUGACAUGGGUGGGAUGAAGGCGAGCGCGCUUGGUCCGCACGCAAGCAAACGGGUGUGA